AUGGCACCCCAGCAUCAGGCUCAAUUCCAGACUCAGCUGCCUCCAAUGUCUCAGCAGCAUCAAAACAUUGGCCAGCAACGACAGGCUCCAAACGGACAACCCCUGGCCCAAGGACUUGGCCAACAGAAAGGAGCACCAGGACAACAGCAACUCCAGAACCCGUAUGCUAAUUACGACCCACAACUAGCCCUGUUCUCUUUGGAGAAGCCCAAGAACGCCAAAACUUGGGAGGAUGUCGAGCCGGAACAGCAGCAUGUUGCCCUUCAGGACCUCCAGAUGGAACUGAACAAAUUUAGACGUAACAAGUGCUCAGUAAAGCGCACCCUCAAUGAGAUUCCGUCCGCAAACUGCCGCAGGCUUAUCAACGAGCUUGUUGAAGACCAAACCAAGGAGCUUUGGAAUUACAACAGAAGCCUCCAGUACAGAAUUGCGAGCGUAGAGGUAGAAUGGCGCUCCGUCAACCGCCGCGAACGACAACUCAAACGUGUCCAAGUCAUCCUGGAGACUGAGCCGUCUGGGUUUCAGGAACCUCUACCGAUGAAGACAGGAGCUGGUGGUGCUGGCAAUCUCUUCGCUGCGCAAGACCCCAACAAGGCCAUGAAGCAAAACAAUAUGCCACAGAACCAGCAAUUUCAGGGACCACCGAAUAAUCACGUGCAAAACAUGGGACAGCAGCCCAGAAUCAACCCACAACCUCAAGUCCCACACAUGGGACAGAGCCAACAUCUAGAGCAGCCCCCAAUGCGCCCACCACCUCCGGGACAUGGCCAGGGUCAAGGUCCCAUGCCUGGUCAUGGGAACGCCCCGCCUCCUCCGCCUCCUCCAGCUGGUGGCCAGAUCCUGGGCCAGCCCGGAAUGGUAGCUCCCCUUCCUCCACCACCUGGUGGUGGUCAUGCAAUGCAUGGUCCCCCAAAUGGAAUGCAGCACCCACAAAUGCAGAAUGUCGGACCACAAGGCAGAGCAGGGCCUGGUAAUUUCCAAGGGCCACUGCCGAUGCCAGUGCCUGGUAUGAGGCAGGGGCAGGCUCCACCAUUCGAGGCAAUGGACCCUGGGUACUUGAAGGGCCAAAAGGCGAAACACAAAGGCCGCCGCGACUCGUCCUCCUCUGAGUCUGAAGACUGGGAGUCUACAUCGGGCAGCUCCGGCUCAGAGCCCGUUAUUGUCAACCAUGACGACUAUGGCUUUGGCGGUCGUCGAGAACGAGGACGUUCACGGCACUCAACGAAGUCAAAGAAAGCGCAACGACAUAAGUCGCAAAGCAAAGGUCGAAGCCGCAGCCGAAGUCGGAGUCACAUUCACAAGAUUGUUGACCCAUCUCGACGUCGACGCGACUCUGACUUGAUGGAUCCACCACCAAUGGGAAAGUACAGUCCCACAUCAUCGAAGGCCAGCUUGCCUCGGUCACCGCGUGCAGAAUAUCCACCCGUUCAUAUCACAGUGAACACCACCAAUGCUGCCGACGACCGGGCGCAUGAGCACGAACGUGUCCGAGGGCGUGCUAGCAUCGACUCUUCGCCAACACGCUUCUACCACGACAAGAGGAAGAUCAACACCUCUCAGCCUAUGUCUCGUGACUCUUCAUGGGACCGUGCAAGUGGUACUGCUUCCUUUACCACCUCAUCUGCCCACACGUCCGAAGACGCCGUCUUCGACGCACCCAUGCGUCGACCUUCGCUGUCUCGCGGCCACAGUCGCACACAAGCCUACUCGCGUGCUCAGGAGCCCUUCCACCACCACCACCCUCACCCCAGCCACAUCUACGAUGACGUGGACCGCCGCCCUAAGUUUAGGUACACUCCUGCCAAUGACUACCCACACAAUGCGAAGAUGCGCGAAUCAUACUUUGAAUCUGAUCCGACCUACGCCAGUCGACCAGCGAUGCCACAUCGUCGCGCUAGCGCACAGGUGCCCUCCGGUAACCCCUUCGCCACGUCCCAAUACCAACCAAAGCCCAUGCGCGCCAUGUCCUACAGCGCCGACAUGCAUGAGCCUAGCUAUACCUUCCCUCGACAGCGCCACAUUGCAGACCGCUCUGGUCAGGAUGGACGCAUGAACCUUCAGGAGAUUGCUGAUGCGCUUGAACACAUGAAGGAGAGCCGGCGCGUGCCGUUGAAAAGAAGGGGUGAUGAGAGGAGGACCUCGCCGAUGUACAGCGGGGAUGAGUGGGAGGGGGGCAGUUUGUUGUCGCAGGAGAGUAUCUCUUAGUGUACAUGUAUAUAUUAUACUCACCCACGGCCGCUAACGCCUAAAAUUGAUAUCAUAUCUCGCUGAGUCUUUACUUCAUUUAUCGUUACAGGUAAAUAGGUGAAUAAACCAUUUAGC